ACAGGAAAAGUGUUGGUUUUGCAGUCAACCGCCGUUGCCUUGUAUAAUGAAGGGGUUGUUAUUGAUUUUCAACAGUCAAGUGACUUUGAUUUGUCCCUAAACAAGAUUAAAUUUUGUACCACUUCCUACUAACAAGAUUGCCCGCGUCCACCGGAAUUUCGCUCUCUAAACUCUGUGUGCUGGUGUACGAAGCGGGCAAACGAAUUAGACCGAGAGCUUCUCUCUCUGAAAUACGUGUAUUAUUUCCGUGUUGUGGAGCCAAAGUCUAUGCCCGACGCUAAAUACCAUUACAACUGUUCACAUUCGUUCUCCCCGCUUUUUUUCUUUCUUGAUUUAUGUGUUUUCUCCUUUUUUUUCCUGACGUGUAAACUGGUCUCGUUCUUUCUCCAUUCCAUUAGAACAGGCAACCAGGCAUUAAUUUGUGGACUGUCAUGGCGCUUCUGUGCUGAAUAGAAACAAAAUUUCACCUGUCAAAUCGUUUUCCCUGAUUUUUUAAUACGCUCCUUUAUAGUGGAACUAUAGAAAAUGUCGUCGCCGGUCGACCGCUCUCACUGGCUUACUAUAUUUGCUUUAACUCUACUAUUUGUCUCGUAUAACAUAGCAAACGCAGGAAUUAAUCAUUUAGAUAUCGAAGACAAUGAAUUUGCGGAAUUUGAAGAUUUUGAUGUGGAGGAUGUAGUUGGUGGGGUGGCCUCUGAUCAGAAAAAUAUGGUUCACGAUCAUGAAGAACCAUCAACUCCAGAACAAUAUAAAGAAACAGCAAUAGCUGAUGAAGAAGAAGCAACUGUAGAGACAGAAGAUAACGAAUUUGAACAUGUUGAUGAAGACGAGUAUGAGGGAUAUGAGAAAGACUCUACAUCCAAACCUGAUCUCAAAUUGAACGAGGGACCCAAAAUUACUUUUGCCCAGCUGCCAGCUCAUCUACGCUCCAACUGGGAAAGCUACUACUUGGAACUCAUGAUUCUUGCUGGUCUUGUUCUCUAUUUCUUCAACUUCUUUGUUGGCCGUAGCAAAAAUCAACGAAUUGCUGAGACAUGGUAUGCUGCCUUCAAAGGACCUCUGCAGGAGAAUUUUGCUUUGGUUGGGGAUGAUGGCAAGUUGGAAAACAGCCAACCUGGCCUCUUGAAGGAGUCAGAAAAUGUUUACCUUCUUUGGUGUAGUGGUAGAACUGCUUGUGAAGCCGUUCUCUUUGAGCUGCGGCUCUUGAAACGGCAAGAUCUUGUGGCAAUGGUGAUGAGCUUCUUCCGGCCAGUGCAAGAUCAGGUGCACGUUAAAGUUUUUAUGAACGAUCUUGAUAUGGACACGUACGUCAUGUGCCUAGCUGCCAAGAAGACAGCCACCCGACUUAUCAGGGAGAUGGCAGACAUCAGCGUUUAUUGUCCCGAGAAAAAAUCAGCUGUGGACAAGUUCGGUUUACCAGCCAAUUUUGUCCUCAUGUCGGAAAUCGGUGAAGCUUCCUCCACUUUACUGGAUGUUCGCGUGUGCUCACUCAUCAAUAACAUCCCAGAAGUCAUCGAAUCCAUUCACUUCUCAGAUCAGUAUUCUGGGCCCAAGCAGACGGAAGAUACGGCCCCGAGUAAGAUGCCUGAGGUGAAGAAGAUGCUCAUCUUCAAUUUCAACUUGCCUUUAAAAAAUGGUAAGAGCAUCGCUGACGCGGUGGAAAACAUCCGGCCGGCCAUCAUGUUGACCUUUUACUGCAUGGAGCGUGUUAAACGGUUCCGCCUGAGCAAAGAGUCCAAAAUGAAGGCGGAUAAGAACCGUCAAAAGGUGGAAGAAGCUUUCCUCAAGUCGACACACGUGGCCCGAGCUGAAGCUGCCGCCGCCCGACGCGAAGAAAAGCGUCGUCUGGAAAAAGAGAAGAUUCUCCAAGACGAUGAUCCCGAAAAGCAGCGUAAAUGGGAGGAAAAGGAGGCCAAACGAAUGGCCAAAAAGCGAAUGCCUAAGAUGAAAGCCAUCAAGGUUUAGAUAGUGGAACCUUUUGUUUUCGUCACGCGUUUUGGUUGUUUUGCUCAGACCGAUUUCUUUUUCCCUGUGUUGUUAAAGUUUCCAAUCAUCCCGUAUUUUAGGUAGAAUGAUCUACUUAUCUCAUGGUGUCUGGAAUUGGAAUUUCCUACACCAUCUUCUUUCUUAAGUAAAACAUAUUCGAGUGCGAGAUUUAUUUUCAUUGUAGUCACUACUUCCAUCAAAGAAAAAUAAAAGUCCUCCAUAUCAGGUAACAAAAAGAGAAAGAC